GUUCGGGUUCAAUUAGCAUCCCUAGUGCCGUUAAUUGGAUUGGGCCUCCUGUUAGCAUAAUAACAAAACCCCAAAAAACGUCGGCCAGGCCAUUCUUCUCUCUCGAUCGAUCUUCUUUCACAAGCCUGAAUUUCAUCCACGGGUACUUUGAUCAAGUAAUGGAGCAGCAAAGAGACAGGAGCGAUGAUGAAGAUAAAUACAGAAGAAGAAGAGACGGUGAUAGGCGGGGCCGAGAUAGGGACAGAUCUGAUACCGAAAAGGUUACCGAUAGGAGAGAUAGAUACAGGAACAGAAGUGACGAUGAAGAUGGUAACGAUAGGAGAAGAAGAGACAGGAAUAGGGAUAGGGAUAGGAGGAACGGUGAUGAAUAUGUUAGUAAUAAGGGCGGAGCUCGAAAAACAAGUGAUGACGAAGAGUAUGAUGACGAGACCAGAAGAGGUCGGAGCAGGGUUUUAAAGGGUGAUGACGAAUAUCGUGAUAGUAAGAGGAACGAAGAUAGGAGGAGAAGAAGUAGGAGCGUUGAAGAUAAUGGUGAUGGCAGAAGCAACAUGAAAACGAGCGAAGACGGUAAAAGACGUAAAGAGGUUGCUAAAAAGCACGAGGAGAAUAGUGAUGGUGAAGAUGGUGAAAUUAGAAAGACGGAGAUAAAAGGAAAGCGUGAGGAUAUAAGUGAUGAUGAAGACGGUGAAAUUAGGAAACGAGGGACAAAAGGUAAGGAUAGAAGUGACGAUGAAGAUGACCGUAAAGACAGGAGUAGGAGGGACGUGCGUAAGAGUAGGAGUGAUGAAGAGGAUGAUAAAUACAAGAGGAGAAGAGAUGAGGAGGAGAGUGAUGACGAGGCAGGUGAAAUUAGGAAACGAGGGACAAAAGGUAAGGAUAGAAGUGACGAUGAAGAUGACCGUAAAGACAGGAGGAGAAGGGACAUGCGUAAGAGUAAGAGUGAUGAAGAGGAUGAUAAAUACAAGAGGAGAAGAGACGAGGAGGAGAGUGAUGACGAGGAUCGUAAAAUUAGGAAGAGGGGACGAAAGGGUAAGGAUAGAAGAAGCGAUGACGAGGAUGAUCGUAAAGACCGGAGGAGACGCGAUCGGUAUAAGAACAGGAGUGAUGAUGAGGAUGAUAAGUAUAAGAACAGAAGAGAUAGUAAGAGGGAUAGGAGAAGAGGUGAUGAUGUGGCAAAUAAAAAGAACGAUAAAAACGGGGAAACUGAGAAUGUGGACGAAGGUCCACGAUUCCAAAAGCUGGCCGAAAUGCAAGAAAACAUGACCAAUUUAGGUAAAACCGGCGGGGUGUAUAUUCCACCGUUUAAGUUAGCCCGUAUGAUGAGUGGAGUCCAAGAUAAAAGCAGCAUGGAAUAUCAAAGGAUGACAUGGGAUGCGUUAAGGAAGAGUAUAAACGGGUUGGUCAACAAGGUCAAUGCAACAAACAUCAAGAAUAUCAUCCCCGAGUUGUUUGCUGAAAAUUUGAUUAGGGGAAGAGGUCUCUUUUGUCGGUCCUGUAUGAAGUCACAAAUGGCCUCUCCUGGUUUCACAGACGUGUUUGCAGCACUCGUUGCGGUUGUCAAUACCAAAUUUCCCGAAGUCGGUGAUCUUCUGCUGAGAAGGAUUAUUUUGCAGCUUCAAAGGGCGUAUAAGCGCAAUGACAAGCAUCAAUUGCUUGCAGCGGUUAAGUUUAUAGCUCAUUUGGUGAACCAGCAGGUAGUUCAUGAACUUAUUGCUCUUGAACUACUGACGCUUCUAUUAGAAAAUCCGACUGAUGAUAGUGUGGAGGUUGCUGUUGGUUUUGUUACUGAAUGCGGAUCGAUACUUCAGGAUCUAUCUCCAAAAGGGUUGCAUGGUAUUUUUGAGCGUUUUCGUGGAAUUCUUCACGAGGGAGAGAUAGAUAAAAGGGUGCAGUUCUUGAUUGAAGGUCUCUUUGCACUUCGAAAAGCCAAGUUUCAGGGCCAUGCAGCUGUACGUCCAGAGUUGGAUCUUGUUGAGCUGGAAGAUCAAUUAACACAUGAAGUAUCCCUUCUUGAUAAGAUCGACCCAGAGAUUAGUCUUGAUAUUUUCAAGAUGGAUCCUGAUUUUCUCGAGAACGAAAAGCGCUACGAAGAUUUGAAGAAAACAAUUCUCGGUGACGAAUCUUCAGAUGAAGAUGAUGAUAAAGGCGGUGAGGAGUCUGAUGAUGAUGACGAGGAUGAAUCGUCAGAAGAAGAGGAUGAAGAGCAAAUGAGGAUACGAGAUGAAACCGAAACAAAUCUCGUUAACCUUCGAAGAACCAUAUACUUAACAAUUAUGUCUAGUGUUGAUUUUGAGGAAGCCGGUCAUAAACUUCUCAAAAUCAAACUCGAGCCAGGACAGGAGAUGGAACUGUGCAUUAUGUUGUUGGAGUGUUGCAGUCAGGAGAGAACUUAUCUCCGUUACUACGGGCUUUUGGGCCAGAGGUUUUGCAUGAUCAACAAAGUUCAUCAAGAAAAUUUCGAGAAAUGUUUUGUGCAGCAGUACUCAAUGAUUCAUCGACUCGAGACAAAUAAGCUGCGUAAUGUAGCCAAGUUUUUCGCACAUCUACUCGGGACCGAUGCUCUGCCUUGGCACGUUUUGGCUUAUAUUCGGUUGACCGAGGAGGACACGACUUCCUCGUCCAGAAUUUUUAUCAAAAUUCUCUUCCAGGAGUUGUCCGAACAUCUUGGCAUUCGUCUCUUGAACGAGCGCCUCAGUGAUCCGAGCAUGCAGGCCGAUUUCGAAUCUAUUUUCCCGCGAGACAACCCUAAAAACACUCGAUUCUCAAUUAACUUCUUUACAUCAAUCGGGCUUGGUGGAAUUACUGAAAACUUGAGAGAGUACCUGAAGAACAUGCCUCGUCUUAUUAUGCAACAGAAGCCUGCUUCUGAAUCAGACGAUUCUGGUUCUUCCAGCUCGGGAUCUGAAUCGUCAAGCUCCGAGGAAAGUGAGAGUUCAAGUGAAAGCAGUGACAGUGAACGUGAUCAGAAGAGCAGCAAGCGCCGAAGACGACGUUAGUUUUCAAAACCCAAGUCACAUGAAGCAGAUGUUCCUGUUUUAAGAGUUGUUUUCAGGCUUUAUUAUUGUUUGUGAUUACAGUACUAUGAAGUGUAAUCUGUAAUGGUUUUGUGAUUUUGUUUAACGUUUUACAUGGGAGAGAUGGUAGAUACUUUUUUUAUUACAACAUUAGUUUCCUUA